GAAGAAUAUAUACGAAUCAAGCCGGACAUUUAUGAAACGUCAGACUUAAAAUUAAAUUAGGAUUUUACAGCAUUUUGCGAAUGAAAAUGCUAUGUAUCUGCAAUAUGACAUUAGUAUGUUUUAAUGCUGCCUGAAAGUAAGGCAUAUAUAAACAACAUGACAGAAGGAGGUGAAUCACAACCCACUCCUGGAAAUGAGGUACAGCCUGAAGCCUCAGAAGCCAGGGCUGUACAUGGCGAAGGAUUACAUGAAGCAGCAGCAGAAUUAUCUUCUCAAAGUGUACCUGAAUCAAAUCAAGAUUUACUUACUGUUCAUGGAGCAACACAAGGAGAAAGUAGUGAUGCUGUUAGCAUUCAUACUGCCAGCACUUCAGUUUCUGGCAAUGAAUCAAAUUCCAGUAGAGUUAGUGCAAUAACUGUUGUGUUACCUUGGGGUGCUCAGAAAGAAACAGUGAAACCACAACAAAUAGGAGAUAUGGAUUUAAGACCUGGAGAGUUUGUGAUGCGUACUUUAUUUGCAGAAUUUACCACUCAAGCAGAAAAAAAGAUGGAAGCAGUGAUGACAGAACAUGAAAAGCCACUUUCAAAAGUUUUACAAAGAGGAGAAGAUCCACAAUUUGAUCAAUUAUUAUCUGCAUUUGGUUCAGUUGCGGAACAUUGUUUGCCUUCUAUUUUGCAAGCACUUUUUAAUUGGUAUGAACGUCAAUUAGUUGAUCAAGGAAGUGAUCAAAAGAAACCUACUCCUGGCAAAGAAGAUCAAAAAGGAAAAAGCAUUAUGUAUACAAUAGUAUCAGGAAGUGUAGAAACAGUUGAAAGAAGUGAAGCAGAUUUACUUCAAGAGCGAAGGGAUCUUGCAGUAGAAUUUAUAUUUUGCUUAAUGUUAAUUGAAGUUUUACGUCAAUUACCAUUUCAUCCAGGGCAUGAAGAUUUAGUAACUUAUAUAGAAAACAUAGCUUUCAAACAUUUCAAAUAUAGAGAAGGUAUUCAGAAUGAGCCAAAUGCAGCAAAUAUUCAUAUCAUUGCUGAUCUUUAUGCAGAAGUAAUAGGAGUUCUUGCACAGUCGCGGUUUAUGUCAGUUAGAAAACGUUUCAUGGUUGAAUUGAAAGAAUUACGUGCUAAAGAACCAGGACCUCACACUACACAAAGUAUUAUUUCACUAUUAAUGGGAAUGAAAUUUUUUAGAGUCAAGAUGGUACCAAUAGAAGAAUUUGAAGCUUCAUUUCAGUUUAUGCAAGAAUGUGCACAAUAUUUUUUAGAAGUAAAAGAUAAAGAUGUCAAACAUGCUCUAGCUGGACUUUUUGUUGAGAUACUUGUUCCUGUUGCUGCUGCUGUAAAAAACGAAGUUAAUGUACCUUGCCUAAAAAAUUUUGUAGAAAUGUUAUAUUCUACAACAUUAGAUAUGUGUACAAAAUCAAAACAUAGAUUAGCACUUUUUCCUCUUGUAACUUGUUUAUUAUGUGUCAGUCAGAAAACAUUUUUCUUACAAAAUUGGCACUACUUUUUAGCAAUGUGUCUCUCACACUUAAAGAAUCGAGAUCCUAAGAUGUGUCGUGUUGCCUUAGAGGCGUUAUAUCGUUUACUUUGGGUAUAUAUGAUACGUAUUAAAUGUGAAAGUAAUUCAGCUACUCAAAGUAGAUUACAAAGUAUAGUAAAUUCUUUGUUCCCAAAAGGAUCAAAGGCAGUAGUACCACGUGACACUCCACUGAAUAUUUUCGUAAAAAUUAUUCAAUUUAUUGCACAGGAGAGAUUGGAUUUUGCAAUGCGAGAAAUAGUGUUUGAUUUGUUAUCUGUGGGUAGACCAGUAAAAAUAAUUUUAACUCCUGAACGUAUGAGUAUUGGACUUCGAGCUUUUUUAGUAGUAGCUGAUAGUUUACAACAGAAAGAAGGAGAACCACCUAUGCCACGUACAAUGGGCGUAUUACCAAGUGGUAAUACUAUGCGUGUUAAAAAGACAUUUCUCAACAAGAUGUUAACCGAGGAUACUGCAAGAAGCAUAGGAAUGUCAUCAUAUUUCCCACAUGUUCGACGAGUAUUUGUUGAUAUAUUACGUGCUUUAGAUGUUCACUAUGGUAGACCUCUUAUGAUGACAAGUACUCAAAAUAUGAAUAAGGAACCAGAUGAGAUGAUUACUGGAGAACGAAAACCUAGAAUAGAUCUUUUUCGAACUUGCGUUGCAGCAGUUCCUCGGUUAAUACCCGAUGGAAUGACUGGUGCCGAAUUAGUGGAUUUACUAUCUCGUUUAACGGUUCAUAUGGAUGAAGAACUUCGUGGAUUGGCAUAUCAAAGUCUACAAACCUUAGUAUUAGACUUCCCCGAUUGGAGACAAGAUGUUGUUCUUGGCUUUACACAAUUUCUUGCUAGGGAUGUUCAAGAUACUUUUCCACAACUUGUUGAUAAUGGUUUGAGGAUGCUUUUACAACUUCUUACAAGUUGGAAAAAUGCACUAACAAGCCCUAGUAUAAGAUCUAAGGAACAAUCAGUAGAUAAUGCAAGAAUAAAUACACGCGUAGAUAAUAGUAUUAAAAAGAGUGAAUCAGGACAAAAGAUAGAACCUGUUUCAAGCGUUUUUCAUCUAGUAGAAGGGUUUGCAUUGGUUAUGCUUUGCAAUUGUCGACUUUAUCCUAGAAGAAUUGCUGUUCAUAUAUUACGUGAAGUCAAACAUUUAUUAAAAACAUUAGGAGGAUUAGAAGAUGAUCAACCUGUAAUCGAUGUAAUAGACGCUUGUUGUCCAACAGUUUUAGAAAAAUGUUAUCAUAUGUUGCCACCUGCUGAAAAAGCAGCAGCAACUUCUACUUCUAAUGUUGAUUUGCAAUGGAUAGCUGAAAGAAGUAGUUGUGUAUGGACAGCAGGUCUUCAUGAUGAUACUAGCACAAAAAGUUCUUCUUCUUUAAAUCUGAAUGGAGCAGAUCCAUGGGGAAGUUGUUUGUUUGCAUUCUUAGAAAAAGAUAGAGUACUAACAUUGUGUCCUACUGCUGUUGCACACUCGUGGCCUAUCGUUUUUACUCGAAUAAACUCGCUCUUUUCAGUAAUUGAUCCUACACCUGUGAAUGACAAUAGAGCUUCUCUUCUAAGAAGUUCAACUGCAGUCCGAAAGCCUGUGAAUGAAAGAGAUAUGUAUAUGCAUGUGUGGAAGAAUUAUCUAACUUUUGGAUACAGAGUUGUUCCACCAGUGCCAAGCCCAGUUGUACGGUGUGCUAGUCCAGAUCUCAGUUUAAGUGGUCAGCAUACGGUGGAGUUUGGUGUGUUGUGCAUGAGUAAGGAGUUGAGUCAGAGCCUGGAGAAUCUCGGUGGGGCACAGACCCUGCCGGGUCGCUUCUCCGUUCCGUCCAUUUCCGGCAUCUACACCAGGCAUAAGCGGACCAGCUCAUCGCCGGAUAGUUUAUCUGCUGAACGAGGUGAUAACAAAUCACCCGGUACAAAUGCAAGUCCUGCGGCUCUGUAUAAACUAACAGUACCUCUAUUGAGAUGCGAAGUAGUGGAUGUUAGAGAUGCUGCUGUGCAAGCAAUUGGAAAAGUAAAUGCUGAUGCAUUAAAAGAUUUAAUGGAAGAAUUAGUUCCUUAUAUUCGUGAGGCAGUUGAUCGCAAACAAGAAAAUAUGAGACGUAGAAGGCGAAGAGAUGCAUUACGGUUGCAAUUAGUGAGAGUAUUGGAAUUAAUUGCUGAAUAUGGAACGUUUGGUAUUUGCCCUGCAGUAUUAGACCGAGAAACGCAAUCGCUUCAUCCAACAUUCGUCGAGUACAUUGAUGGUGCUCGUUUGUAUCUAGAAAAUGAAACUGAUAAAGAAGCCCCUGCAGUUCGUGACAUUAAACUGCAUUUUUGUAAUUUCAUCAGAAAAAUGAUCAAGAGCUUUACUCUGGAGACAUGUCAUACAUUAUUAAAAAGAGACUUGAGACGAAACUUGUUUAUGCUAUUUGCUAGUUGGUCAGGCCCUUAUGGACGACCGCUUGCAAGUACAUCUUCACUUCAUGAAGAAGAAAAAUCUUGCACAGAAUUACAGCUUUCAGCACUGCAAGCUAUGAGCGGUCUAUUGUGUUGCGGUCCUUGUUUCAAUCCUCAGUCGCUUUCGGAAGAAGGUGCAAUACUUUAUCAGUGGUUAGAUUUACUUCUAGCGAGCAAGGAUGAUAAAAUUUAUGCUCUUGCUCGAGAAACGGUAGUUUUAUUGUUAGAAUGUAAUCCUGAUAUUGGAACCCUUCUCGAUUGGGUAGUCGACCGAUGCUACACUGGUGCUCCACAAGUAGCUGAUGGUUGCUUCCUUGCCUUAGCAACAAUUUUUAGUGCAAGAGAAUAUCCUUGUGAUCAUUACACAAGCAUCAUCAACGUUACCUUAAUGAGUACGGGUUGUCCUCGUGCCCCUGUUCAUGAUGCAGCUCUGCAACUACUUCAAUUAUUGGAUCAACGAUUUUUCGGAAACGUGGGUCCUCUUCCAGCUACAGAACCAGAGACCAGUCAAGAUGAUCCCGUUGGCGGUUCAUCGACUACAGCUACUUCUGCACCAGGACAACAAAGUAAUCCUAUCGGUGGGAUAUCCUCAAGUGGUACAAUUAGGGGUGGCACCCUCGAUGUGCUUCUAUCAACCACAUAUUGUCGCAAUCAAAUGUAUCUUUCUCGUCAACUCGCUCAACUCCAUCCAGAACUAACAAUGCCCAUGUUCAGUGAAAUUACACACAGAUUUCAAACAGCUAGAAGAGAAGUUCGACAAUUAUUACUUCAAUAUUUGUUACCCUGGUUGCACAAUAUGGAAUUGGUGGACCCAAAUGUUCCACCACCAUCCAAUCCCCUGAGUUAUUAUCAGUACUAUGCAACUGAUAUGUCACGCGGCGGAGCACGGAGAGAGGGCUGGGGUAGUGCCGAAGCAACAGAAAUGGUGUUGAACAAUUUAUUUUAUAUAACUGCCAAGUUUUCCGAUGAGCAUCCUAAAGAGACGGAAGAACUUUGGGCAACUUUGUGUAGCUGUUGGCCUAAUAAUUUAAAAGUAAUCAUUCGUUAUCUAAUUAUUGUCUCAGGAAUGGCUCCACAAGAACUCCUUCCAUAUGCAAAACGUGUUGUCUUGUAUUUAGCCAGAGCCCGACCAGAUCGUUUGGUAGACGAAAUGAUGACUGAAUUACAAACUGUAGAGACAUUAAAUUGUUUAAUUGAAAGAACUGAAACUCCACCUUUCUAUAGAUUAACUAGUAUGAGAAAAGCUUCUUCUCAUAGUGAUGCACCAGUUGCUGAUCCUGGGAAUCCCCCACGCGACUUAGGGGUUGAAAAAGGUACUAUUCAUACCAAAAGGCACUCUGGCGAAGAUCCAGUUAAAACCGGUUCUAAAUCUGAUACCGCAUUACGAGCACUCGCUGGAUUUCAAACCCCAAGGACGGAAAAAACAAGGACUGCGAGCGGUCCGCCAGUUCUUCCGGACGAUUUGUCCACUCCUACGACAGAAGCCGAGUUGACUACAGACGAAUCUUGUUACGGCACACGGAACGGACCUGCAGGAGUAAAUGGAAAAAUUUCAUGCGGUGGAGAAAAGUUCGAUAUUCCUCAGCCACAUCCCUUACCGAUGCCUGAAUACGGUGGUUACUUUGCCCCUUUGACGGAGUAUCUACCGGACAGUUCACAACCAAUAAGUGGAUUCCAUAGAUGUAAUAUUGCCGUGAUGCUGCUUACUGACGUUGUCGUUGAUGGCAUACAAUUAGACUGGGCUAUUCAUGUUCCUUUAAUGUUACAUAUAGUUUUCCUUGGUUUGGAUCAUUCAAGACCUCUUGUAAGGGAUCAUUGUCGUUGUCUUUUGCUAAAUCUGUUGGUCGUCCUCGGAGAUCAUCGAGAUCAUCUUGGCGUAGCCCGGGUACUAUUAGCAUCAAAAACUGAACAGUUGGGCUUAGGUCUCUCCACUCCAGCUUUGCCAGUACUCGAACACAACUUUACUGAGGUUGAUCCAGAAUUUGAUAGCUAUCUGUAUGGUCCACCUACAGCACCACCACCUACUACACCUCCUCCAUCAUCUUCACCACCGCCGCCUUCUUCUUCUCCUCCUCCUCCACCGCCACCUCCUCCACCACCACCUCCACCACCACCGCCUCCAGAAUCCUCAAUGUGCAAUUCAGCACCCCCGCCACCGCCCCCUCCACCUCCUCCACCACCAUUUCCACCUUCUAAUAAUGGAACACCUAUUCAUUCACCUAUUCCGAAUUCUACAUCUACUCCACCGCUGUCAAUGAAUCACGCGAAUCAAUCAGUCAUGGACAACUGUAAAGAUUAUUCAAAUUCUCAUACAUAUGAGUCAUCAGUAUGCAAUAAUUGGCCCCCAACAUCAGGUUCAACGAACGCCGUACCACCUGUAAUUGUUACACCCGAAGAUGCAAAUAAUUGGGUUGGUCCACAGCCAGGUCCAAACAUGCCUAUCCAGGAUGUAAUCAAAUCUUUGAUCAAUUUUCUGGCAUCUAGAAUAAAUCAACCUUUGUGGAACUAUGAAGAUAUGACUGCCAAGGUAUGGUGGGUCCGCAGUGCUGAACAAUUAACAGUAUUAUUGCGACAUGUAUUACGAGUCUUUAGAGACUCCCUACCCCACGCACUGGUUAGUCAACGAUGGGCGCAAACUGCGUUACAAUUAGGCCUGUCCUGCUCAUCUAGACACUAUGCAGGAAGAUCUCUUCAAGUAUUCAGAGCAUUACGAGUUCCUAUUACAUCUCGUAUGUUAUCUGAUAUUUUAUCUAGAUUAGUAGAAACGGUCGCCGAACAAGGAGAGGAUAUGCAGGGCUAUGUGACAGAAUUGUUACUAACACUUGAAGCAGCUGUUGACUCUCUAGAAUCCGAUUUUCGACCUUUAGAUUUUAUGAAAGAAAUAUUUAAAUCUACUCCAAAUCUGAAUAACAAAGACCCAGCCUCAGGUGGCUUGAUUGGUGGUAAACGAAGUCCAGGGGGAGGUAAUGGAUAUCCAGCUGGUCCACACAUAUUCUCCCAUUUAAAUCAAGGUGGCCAUACAAGAAGUACCAGUUACUCAGUCAGUUAUUGUAUGAAAAAGUCAAGUGGUGGUAAUUCAGCAGCAAGUGAAAUAAAAGAAUUAGAUAACAGAUGUAAUAAGUAUCCCAAUUCUAAUCUUUCACGAUCGAGAUCAGCCCAGUCUUUAAAGUUAUUAGGUGAUUCGGCAACGCAAGAUGAUAAAAUGACUAUAUUGGCACAAUUGUUUUGGUUAUCGGUGUCUCUGCUCGAAUCAGACUAUGAACAUGAAUUUCUUUUGGCAUUGCGAUUGCUUAGUCGUGUACUUCAUAGAUUGCCAUUAGAUCGACCUGAUGCUAGAGAUAAAGUUGAAAAAUUACAACAACAAUUAAAAUGGAACUCAUUCCCUGGUGUACAUGCACUACUACUGAAAGGAUGUACUAGCCCAAAUACAUAUGAACCUGUCGUAACAUUACUAUCGCAAUUCACUCCAUUACUGGAUUUGCCAGUUGUUGAUCCUACUCAAAGUUUGGCGUUUCCAAUGAACGUCGUAUCGUUACUCCCCUAUAUGCUUUUAAAUUAUGAAGACGCUAAUGAAUUGUGUAUCAGAAGUGCAGAAAACAUUGCACAAGUCAGUGCCGAAAAAGGGAAGAAAUUGGAAAAUUUAGGUACUGUCAUGACAUUAUAUAGCCGACGUACUUUUAGUAAAGAAAGUUUCCAAUGGACAAAAUGCGUCGUCAAAUACCUAUAUGACACAUAUGCUCAUCUCAGUUUCAACAUGCUUGCCUUUUUGGUAGAAGUUCUGGAAAAAGGUCCAGGAAGUGUCGCGUUGCCUGUGCUUAGUAUUAUACAUUGCAUGUUACAUUAUGUCGAUCUAGCUUCGCAAGCUGCGCAACCAAUCAACACUGAACUUCUCAGAGUGAUUUCAAAAUAUGUUGAGGGUCCUCAUUGGAAAGAAGCACUUAAAAUAUUAAAACUGGUAGUCACAAGAUCAUCAACUUUAGUAGCACCACCUACGUCAGUUCACGGAUCGAGUUGGGAAUCCUCGAUAGCAUCUCCACAUCCGAGCUUCACCGAUACUGAGAUAUUUACCAAAAAGGAAUUACCUGGAAGGACAAUGGAUUUCACGUUCGAUUUGUCUCAAACACCGGUAAUUGGUAGACGAUGGUUAAUACGCCAGGGGGUUGAAGAAAAAUCUCUGAGUUCUCCUCGGUGUUCAUUAUCUCUUUCUCCAGCUGACAGUAAUGCAGUUUCCGGUUGGAAAAGACCAUGGAUGUCACAGGGUCGCGUUAGAGAAUGCUUGGUAAAUCUCCUAACAACUUGCGGCCAACGUGUUGGAUUACCAAAGAGUCCAUCUGUGAUAUUCAGUCAAAGUUCAGAUUUAAUGGAAAGGCAAUCGUCCAUGGCUUCCUCGACGGAAGAAGUUUCUGGAGCAAAUAACGAUUUAAGUGGAGGUUCUAGAAGAGAUGAUGAACAAUUUGGUGUAUUUAAAGACUUUGAUUUCCUUGAAUAUGAAAGUGAAAGCGUGGAGGGUGAAAGUACCGAUAAUUUCAAUUGGGGAGUAAGACGCCGUCCUCUCAGUGAAGGAGAGGAAAGAGAACCAAGUUUAAGACAAUUUGAAGAAAGUUUAAGUGAAAAGACCCAAUCAUCUAGUAAACAUACUAGCCGGCGCGGUGUUGCCGAGGAGUCAUCAGAUGAUGAAGCUGGCUCAGAAUCACCCCUAGAUGAAGUACCUGGAGGAUCUGGAACAGGACAGGAAGCAAAUAAUAUUCCUGGAAUGUUUCCACCAUCCUCCCUGUCUUUAAUACCUAGUCGCACACGUCACGAUUCUUCGACAAGUGGAUCUAGUGCAGGAGAUUUAGGAGAUGUAACACCUUGUAAUGCAUCGCCAAAUCUAUCAGCGUUAAUGCCAUUUAGACAAGUCGUAAGAGAUGAUGCGGAAGAAAUUUGGCGACAACAAAUACAAAAUCUUAUCACACAAUCUCUGUAUAAUACCUUAGACUUUUUCCAAUUAUUAAGCAGGAUUCUAAGGGACGUAAGCAGUAAAUCAGUUACUCUUACACGAGAAGCUAGUGCCUUAUUGUGUAAUGGCAGUCCUGCCUCCACUCAAUUAGGCUAUCAUUUAUCUAGUCACGCGGAACUACUUAGUUCAAAAGCUGAACCACCUUUAAUUUGGUUCUCGAUUGCUACUUUUGCAAAUCAAAGAUUAAACGAAUCUUUGCGAUUUGGAAUGUUAGAAAUUCAAGAACAUCUUGAAACAUUUCUCGAUAAGAAAGAUCAUGCUACAGAAUGUUUGGAAGCAGUCAAAGCAGCGACAAAACUCCAAGUAUUAGGUGGUGGUCACACAACAGAAGCAGGUCUUGAAGAGAUACUCUUAGAUUUAGGAAGAGCACUCUAUAAACUUCAUCUCCAAUUGUUAUUAUUGAUCGAAGCAUCAAACAAAAUGCUAGGUACUCUCAUGAAUGCUGCACGAAACGUACAAAUUCCGCUUCAAGAUUUAUCUGUAGAAAUUGCGAAUUUGAAAAUUGCGCUAAGUAGGGCACUCGAAGAGAGUACAGAGAGUGAAAGGGGAACUCCAACCCCAACACCUAGUCCUAGUCCUUUACCCGGCACUGGUGCCGUGGAAGAAGUUAUCAUAGAACUACUUACAAAUGCACGUUGGUGUCCUGCUCUUGAAGCUGUAAGACUCCAUAGAGCUCAAUGGCCAGGAGAUCCUUUUCAUGAUGAUGAUGACGUAACAACUGCUGUUAAUAUGUAUUGCAAAUACUUAGGAAAAGAUAAUGAUAUUUUUGUGAUUACACGAAAGGACGAUGAAAUGUCAGAAAUAUUUAGUAGACUGAUGGAAAGCUUAUUUCAAGUUUUAGCAGCUGUUACAGGCUUAGAAGCAUCAACAAAGGCAGCGCGGUCUCAACAUGAUCAUCCUAAUAACGCAAAAAAUGACUGUUAACUUAAUAUAAAUUUUAAUGUAAUAUCGUAUUAUAGAUAAAUAUUUGUCUAAAUUCAAGUCUUCGUAUAAUUUAAUUGUACCGUGCGUUUUAUUC